AUGGGAAGAGAUCUCUGUGGAAGUGGAAAACUCAGAGGGUUCAGAAACUCGUGGUCCCAGAUGGAGAGAGCCUUAAACGAUGCCGUGUCCAAGAGCUUUGUGGGCAGGUACUUCAAGCUGGAACAGAGGAAAAGUUGUUUCACAAGGGAGCUUCGUGCUGCGGUGGCAACUUUUCUCACCAUGGGUUACAUCAUCACCGUCAACGCCACCAUCAUGGGCGCCUCCGGCGGCACCUGCUCCGCCGCGGACUGCUCCGCUCCGGCGGGCCCGGACUGCACGGUGAAGCCCAACGUUGGGUAUGAGAGCUGUCUUGCAAAGACCAAGAGUGACUUGGUUGUGGCCACUGCUGUUUCUGCUCUUGUUGGGUGUGUUGCCAUGGGCCUGUUUGCUAACCUUCCUUUGGGCCUGGCUCCGGCUAUGGGGCCCAAUGCGUACUUCACUUUUAAUUUGGUUGGUUAUCAUGGAAAUGGGUCAAUCUCCUACCAAACUGCAUUGGCUGUGAUUUUGGUUGAGGGCUGUGCUUUUCUUUUUGUCUCUGCUAUUGGGUUGAGAGGGAAGCUUGCCAAGCUCAUUCCUCAUGCAGUGAGGCUUGGCUCUGCUGCUGGGAUUGGGCUUUUCAUUGCCUUUACGGGCCUUCAGUCCGGCCUAGGUGUUGGGCUUAUUGGGCCUGACCCCUCCAAUCUGGUUACCAUUACGGCCUGCAAGAGUGUGGACCCAGCAACUGGGGCCUGCUUGGGGGGUAAACUACAAAGCCCAAAGUUCUGGCUUGGCCUUGUUGGCUUCCUCAUUACAAGUUAUGGGCUGAUGAAGAAUAUCAAGGGGAGCAUGAUCUAUGGCAUUCUUUUUGUGACUUUUGUGUCUUGGUUUAGACACACUGAAGUUACUUAUUUUCCUGACACUCCACUUGGUAAUGCAAGUUAUGACUAUUUCAAGCAAGUUAUUGGUUUUCACAAGAUUGAAUCCACUGCUGGGAUCAUCAGGUUUAGUGAUUUUAACCAAAAGGGUGUUUGGGUGGCGUUGGUUACUUUGUUCUAUGUUGAUGUGCUUGCCAUCACUGGCACUAUGUACACCAUGGCAGAGAUUGGUGGGUUUUUGGAUGAAAAAGGACAUUUUGAAGGUGAGUAUGUGGCUUAUAUGGUUGAUGCAGGCAGCACCAUUGUGGGUUCUGCAUUGGGUGUGUCAAGCACAGCAACAUUUGUGGAAUCAUCAGCUGGUUUGAGAGAAGGGGGUCGCACAGGACUAACAGCAGUUUUCAUUGGCUUCUUCUUCUUCUUGUCAUUGUUUUUCACUCCUCUAUUGUCUAGUGUUCCUCCUUGGGCUAUAGGACCCUCCCUUGUGAUGGUUGGAGUGAUGAUGAUGAAGGUGGUGAAGGACAUAGAUUGGACCAACACAAAGGAUGCAGUGCCUGCUUUUGCCACAAUGCUCCUCAUGCCUCUCACAUAUUCCAUAGCAAAUGGGAUCAUUGGUGGCAUUGGACUCUACAUUGCUCUCAGCCUCUAUGACUAUGCUGCAAGCAGCGUAAAUUGGUUUAGGAAAGCGAGGAGAAUGGUGGUGAAGGAACAGAACCAAGUUUCUGCUACUGCAGGUGCUGAAUCAACAGUGGAAAUAAUAUGA